AUGGCAGCGUACGAUGGAGCUGGCAACCCGAGGGAGCACGUCCUCAGCUACAAGACUUUUAUGGAGUUGCAGACUUUAUCGGAUGCCUUGAUGUGCAAGGUAUUCCCGACAACACUUUCAGGACCGGCACGGGCGUGGUUUAACAGCUUGGAGGUGGGAAGUAUAAGGAGUUUUGGGGACCUGGCCAUCGCCUUCAUUAGCCGGUUCAUAGCCAGAGUGCCAGCAGAUAGGAAGACUAGUUACUUGGAGACGGUCAGACAAAGAAGGGAUGAGUCGCUCAAGGAGUAUGUUGCCCAGCUGAUGAAGAGGGCAGAGAAGUAUAUAAGGCAGGACGACGCCUUGGUGAUGAGCCGAUUCGCCAAAGGUGCGGUAGAUAGGGGGAAAGCCCCGGAGGAAAGGAGGCCAGAAGGGCAGGAGAGAAAGCAAGGCAAGAGGCCUGAGCAGUACAGGCAGCCUUGGGACCGGAGGGACCGGAGACCGUUUCCUCCUCAAAUCCCUGAACAGAGACCGCUCCCACCGCAAGUUCCGGAGAACUUAACUCCUCUUAACGCCUCUAAAGCCGAGGUGCUCAUGGCUGUUCAGGACAAAGAGUUCCUUCAAUGGCCCAGGCCUAUGAGAGCAUAA